ACAGAACGCGCGUGCGCGCGUACACACACACACACACACACACACACUCAUGCACACGCACACAUGCACACUCACACACGCUCAUGCACACGCACACCACGCAGCCACCCCUCCACUUCCACCAAACACAAAGAUCUUGGGGGGCGGGGGGGGGAAGGGAGUGGUGUGGCGAGCCCGGAGCCCCGAGGACGAGGACGCCCUAGCAGAGCGGCUUCUCGCUUACAAAGCAUUGCGCAACAGGCGGCCGGGGCUCGCGGAAGGAGGCGGAGGAGGAAGAGCAGGAGGAAGGAGGGAGGCCGGGCGGUCGGGGCUGCUGCGUGCAGAAACAGCAGCUGCGGGGACGGUCGGGGAGAGGAGGGCGGGGCCGCAGCGGCUAUAAAGCGUCCCUCGCCAGCUAGCGCCGGACAUAAACAAACCUCGCUGUCUGCGCGCACGCUGACUCCGUUCACCCACGCGCUCGGCUCUGAGUUCCUUAGCUGGACACGAGACUAGGGCGCGGCUGAGUGCCUUCCCUGCGACCCGCGUUCCUUAUCUCCCCAACCUCUCUCCCCAGGUAACAGUUUGGGACCAUGUCGAAGGACCUCCAGGAUGUGGACCUUGCAGAGGUCAAGCCUCUGGUGGAAAGAGAAGAGACCAUCACUGGCCUCCUGCAAGAGUUCGAUGUUCAGGAGCAGGACAUUGAGACUUUACACGGCUCGGUCCACGUCACCGUAUGUGGAACCCCAAAAGGGAACCGUCCUGUCAUCCUCACGUAUCAUGAUAUUGGCAUGAACCACAAAACCUGCUACAACCCUCUCUUCAAUUCAGAGGACAUGCAGGAGAUCACCCAGCAUUUUGCCGUCUGCCAUGUGGAUGCUCCUGGGCAACAGGAUGGAGCCCCAUCCUUUCCUGUGGGGUACAUGUAUCCCUCCAUGGAUCAACUGGCUGAAAUGAUUCCUGGAAUUCUCCACCAGUUUGGACUGAAAAGCGUGAUUGGAAUGGGAACUGGAGCUGGUGCCUACAUCUUAACUCGAUUUGCUCUGAACCACCCAGAAAUGGUGGAAGGACUCGUCCUCAUCAACGUGAACCCUUGUGCUGAAGGGUGGAUGGACUGGGCAGCGACCAAGAUCUCUGGGUGGACCCAAGCUCUUCCUGAUAUGGUGGUGUCUCAUCUGUUUGGAAAGGAAGAAAUGCAGAACAACAUAGAGGUGGUGCACACCUACCGCCAUCAUAUCGUCAAUGACAUGAACCCAAGCAAUCUCCAUCUCUUUAUUAACGCCUACAACAGUCGCCGCGAUCUAGAAAUCGAGCGUCCUCUCCCCGGAACCAAUGCCGUCACCCUACAGUGCCCUGCGUUGUUAGUGGUUGGAGACAAUUCACCUGCGGUGGAUGCUGUGGUGGAGUGUAACUCUAAACUGGAUCCAACCAAGACCACACUCCUAAAGAUGGCGGACUGUGGAGGCCUGCCACAAAUUUCUCAGCCUGCCAAGCUCGCCGAGGCUUUCAAGUACUUUGUCCAAGGAAUGGGAUACAUGCCUUCUGCCAGCAUGACUCGCCUCAUGAGGUCCCGCACAGCCUCCGGCUCCAGCGUCACCUCCUUGGAAGGCAGCCGCAGCCGCUCCCACACCAGCGAGGGCACCCGCAGCCGAUCCCACACCAGUGAGGGCACCCGCAGCCGCUCCCACACAGACACCCGCCUCGAGAUCACUCCCAACUCGGGGAGCACCGGGGACAGUGCUGGGCUCAAGUCCAUGGAAGUCUCCUGUUAGACAAGGACCCCCACAGAGCCCCCUCCUGGCUCUGGUUUGAACUCUGUUUUAAGUAGCUGCCUCCUUUCCCUCCUCCCCCAGCCCCACAUCCCACCCCUCCUGUAUCACACUGCACAUAACUUGGUAUUAAUCCAAAGCUUAUUUUUUAAGAGUGAGCUCUGGUGAGAACAAAGUGAGGUGGAUUGAGAAAGAGUCAUUUUGAUGUUGGGGGUGGGGGGUUGAGUGUGGAAAGAUUACGGGGACCAGUCUAAAGCAAGCAUCCAGAGAUGGGUCUCUUGAUUAAAUUGUUCAUAAAAUUCUGGUUGCUGCUGUCUUCUCUCACUCACAUCAGACUCGAAAGAGGCAUUUUGCCCCCCAAAAGAGAUAGGAGAAGAGAAAAACUUGUGUUUAAAAAAAAUAAACCCUCAGGCUGGCCUGAUUAAUGAAAGUCAGACAGGCCUUUGGUCAGUGGUACAGCCGAUCUACUAACUUGUGUUUCUUUGCAGCCAAAGGAAAAACUGACCCAAUUUGUAAUACAGGCAACACUAUUUGGAUGUAAGGAGGGAGAGUGCAGUGCAUUGUGGGUGGCUUUUUUUUUUUUAAUAAGGGGAAACGGUGAAGCUCACAUUUAUGCUGGUGGGUUUUUGUUGUUUUUUUUUUUUUUUGCAAACUAUCAUAAUUGUAGAUAGUUUAAAAUUACAUUGUGCAUUUAUACGCCUUUUAAUUUUGAAGCAUAAAAAGCCGUUUUCUUCUCAACCAUUAACAUUCAAUUAAAAUAGCCAAUGUAAACCCCAGGCUUUUAAACACAAUGAAAGUUAUCGAUGGGCUUCUGGUAUCUCAUGUUUUGUGAGAUAUCAGCCUUGCUGCACCUCCUUAAAACGCAGUGAGGAACCUUCCUUUUUUUUUUUUCUUUGAUUAUCACCUUAUUUAAAAGGCAUUUUCAUUCCUUGGCGAUUUCACAGAGAAGUGUUUCAUCACAUAGGCUGAGAGCUCCUUCCUGGCCCUCCAGUUUUCCUGAUCUAUGAAAUAAUGAUCUCUAAGGUUCCUUCCAACUCUGCUCACUGUUUUAAACAAUGUCCCAUGCUUCUAAGGCCCUUCCAGCUUGAACAGUUUGUUCUAUGUUCUGAGACAUUUUCUAGCCCUCGACAGUCUGUUCCAUGCUUUCAAAUCUAAAGGCCCUUCCAGCUUGAUUCUACAGUUUUCAUUUAUGUGAAUAGUGGGGAAGAGAGUUGCAAUAGUAUGUAAUAUCUCUGGGGCCUAGGGGCCUGUUAUCUAACCAUACCUAAGAGGUGGGGUACAGGGUGGGGAGGAGAAGGAUUUGUUGGAUUUUCUAGAACAUUGAACAGAAGGCUGCCUUCUGCAGUUCCUUGAAGGAAAAGAAUAUUGUAUUCUAAUAUCAGCUUGGCUAAAGAAAGCAAUAUCCCCAUCCUUUCUCCCCCCCCCCCCCGCCCAAAAUAACACUCUAGAAUCUUAAAUCCUGAUAUGAAUUUGCCUCUCAAUUCUGUUGUAAAGAAUAAGUCUUAGAAUGAUGGCAUGAUCUUUAAAAAAAGAUAGCUGUGAAUUUUGACUUUGGCAUAAUGUUGUUACUUGUUUAGACCCAUUUCCUGAAAAGAGGGUUUUUGGUCUAGUGGUCAGUUGAAGAGAACCCUUAGGGGUUUGGAGGGUGGUGGUGAUAGGAGCAGGUAAGAUGUAAUGAUUCUGGAAUUCCUGCAUUUUUCAAUUAACCUCCCCUCCACCUUUUUGGAGAAAGCAUUGUCAAAGCAACCAAUUAUGAUGGUUUUUUUUGUGGCUUUUGGACCUAUGUUUUAGCUAAUUAAUGCAUUUUCCUAUUGGAAGGAUGUUAAUUGCAAAUCAACCUUUGGGAGGAUGGCUGACCUGGGGUGAUGUCAUUUGACUUACUGGGAGCCUCCAUUUCUGGGGGCUUCACACAGUCUUUGUGCCAGAAGAGGUGGUGAGGGAGGCAUAAGUGGCUGAGAACCAGAGGUGGACAGUGUGGUGUCAAGUCUUGCCAAAAAGGUUUCUUAAUGAGAUAUUUGUAUUUAUUUCCAGACCAAUAAAUUUGUAACUUUGCAGUU